AUGGUUAAGAGUAGCAAUAUAGCAAUACACAGCCAUGUAAAGUCCUUAGGGCUAGACAACUUUGGGAGACCUGUUGAAAAGCCAAAUGCUGUGGUUGGGCAAGAGGAUGCAAGAGAGGCCGCUGGACUUAUAGUGGAGAUGGUCAAAACAAAGAGAAUGUCGGGAAGAGCCGUGCUUAUAUCUGGGCCUGCCGGAUGCGGAAAGACGGCGCUUGCAGUAGGAAUAAGUGAAGAGCUUGGCGCUGGAACGCCGUUUACUUCGAUGAGCGGUAGCGAGGUAUAUUCCAAUGAGAUAAAGAAGACCGAGGUUCUUGAGGAGGCAUUAAGGAGAUCGAUUCUUGUUAGGAUGAGAGAGUUGAAGGAUGUCUAUGAGGGGGAGAUUGUUGAGCUUAGGAUUGUGGACGAGGAAAACCCACUAAACUCUUACUCCAAAAAGGUCAAGGAAAUAUUCAUUACCCUGAAGACCAGCAAGGAGUCCAAGAAGCUUAAGCUCGCGGCAUCUCUUUAUGAACAGAUAGACAAGCAGAGGAUAGUCAAUGGAGACGUUGUUUACAUAGAGGUCAACUCUGGGGUUAUUAAGAAGUUGGGUAGAAGCGAGGCACACAUGAAUGAUUUUGAUCUUGAAGCCGACACCUAUGUUCCUAUUCCCAGGGGAGAGGUUUUGAAGAGAAAAGAGGUGAUCCAAUCUGUAACGCUUCAUGACCUGGACAUGGCAAAUGCCAAGCCCACUGGGCAAGACAUGCUUUCUCUUGUUUUUCGAAUAUUAAGCCCCAAAAAAACCGAGAUAACAGAGAGACUAAGGAGUGACGUCAACAGAAUGGUGAACGAGUAUCUAGAGAAGGGAAAUGCAGAGAUUGUUCCCGGGAUCCUCUUUAUUGAUGAGGUCCACCUACUUGAUAUUGAAUGCUUCACCUUCCUCCACAAGGUCAUUGAAUCACCUCUUAGCCCAACAAUAAUAUUUGCCUCCAAUAAAGGAAUGGCUCCAAUUAAAGGAAGCAACGGGCUUUCUGGGCCCUUUGGGAUUACAAAAGACUUACUUGACAGAAUCAUGAUUAUAACUGUGAAAAAGAAUACAGAAGAGACCAACAGAAAGAUCAUUGAGAUGAGGCUGAAGGAGGAGGAGUUGCAGAUGGAUGACAAUGCACUUUCUUUUUUUGUGAGUCUAAGCAUCUCUAAGGGGCUGAGAUAUUGCAUAAGCCUCAUUCCUCUUCUGAAGACAUAUGGAGGGUGUGUUACCAUCCAGAACGUAGAAGAAGUGAAUGAGUUGUUCCACGACCGUUGA